GGGAGGAAGAGUUUCUGUGAUUGUCAGAGUAGUGUGUGGAACAGCGAGCUCCCAAAAAAACUUGCUGAUAAAUCCACAUUUUUGACUCUCUCGGGUGUAGCUCCACAUUAUCGCUUAAAGCUACCACAUUGACAUAUAUAAAGAAAAAUGAAAUAAGAAAAUUGAUAAUCCGCUAGCGGAAGACUCUUGAGAGCCUAUCUUGAGUCCCACAAGAAGUACAAGUUCUUUGGUUGUGCAACGCGUUUCAUGUGCAAAGUUCUUUAUUUUAAAUCAUUUUUUUUUUUGGUAGAGUUAAUAUUCUUGUAAAAGCACUGUGAUGACGGACCAGAAGGCUUCUUUUUUGCCUCCAAGUCCACAAUCGGAGCAAUCUCGCUUCAGUGAAGCGGAGAAAAUGGGCUUCCUUCUGCUGCUUGUGGCCUUAAGCACAACAUUCGGCACAGCGGUUCCAGUGGGGUACACGAUAGGAGUUGUUAAUGCUCCUGCAGAAUACAUGAGAAAUUGGUGCAAUGCUACCUUCAUUGAGCGCUACGGUGCAACAUUGACGGAGAAUGGACUUGAUAUUCUCUGGGCCUCAAUUGUGUCUGUAUUUCUCAUUGGGGGCUGUGCAGGAUCACUGGGUGGUGCGUGGAUAGCAGACAAUUUGGGCAGAAAAAAGUCAUUAUUAGUAUGUGGCGUUCUGUUCGUGAUUGCCGCACUUUUUUUCAUAUUUUGCCGCAUGGCAAAUUCUGUGGAAAUGCUAAUAAUUGGCCGACUGAUCGUAGGUUUUGCAUCGGGACUCACAACAGCCACUCUGCCCAUGUAUUUGCUCGAAUUGGCUCCACUUUCUCUGCGUGGCACUCUUGGGGUGUUUUGCUCAAUUGGCGUCACUGGGGGCGUUGUUGUUGGUCAAGUAUUCAGUUUGCAGGAAAUCUUUGGGACAGAUGAACUGUGGCACUGGGCGCUCUCAUUCUACGUUGUCCUUGUUGUUGUUUGCUUCGUCAUGGCACCAUGGUGGCCUGAGAGCCCUAAGUAUCUCUACCUCACGGCUAAUAAGAAGGAUGAAGCGAAGACGGUUUUACUUCGCUUGCGUGGAAAUGAUCCGAAUUUCGUGCAAUACGAACUGGAAGAGAUGAAUCAGGAGCUGGUGGAAAAAUCCGAUACGCGUUCAGUUAAAUCUGUGAUCAGUGAUCCUGCACUUCUACUGCCAAUUGUGCUAGUUUGUGCCUUACAGGGUGGACAGCAGCUAUCUGGGGUAAAUGCUGUCUUCUACUACUCCGUUUCAAUCUUCGAAUCAGCCGGCCUCAGCUCAACGAACGCCAAAUGGGCGAACCUCGGGGCAGGAUGCCUCAAUCUCGCAACGGCCUUCUUUACGCCACUCCUCAUGAAGCACAUCAAUCGACGCCCUAUCAGCUUGAUCUCAUGCGCCGGAAGUGCACUCUUCCUCUUCAUUCUCACCUUCGUCGUCAACUACAUCAAUUUUGCAUCCUGGAUGGCCUACGCAUGCAUAGCGUGCGUCCUUUUGUACAUAUUCGUCUAUCAGCUCGGCCUCGGACCAAUUCCCUACUUCAUUGGCUCAGAAUUGUGCAGCAUUUCUGAGCGAGCUGCAAUAAUGGCUCUCGGAUCACUCGGCUCGUGGUCUGGGAAUUUCAUUGUAGGCAUAUCUUUUCCCAUUCUUCAAUCCCUCUGGGGUGCAUGGGUCUUCCUUCCGUUUGUCGCAACGUGCGUCCUUCUUAUUGUCCUUAUUUAUUUCUAUCUCCCCGAAACUCGCGGAAAAGACGUCCCUAAGGUUGCUUUACUCAUAUCCAAAGGUUUCAAAUCAAAUCCACGCAAAAGUUGAAUUUAAUUGGGAAAAAAAUUUAAGGGAGGAUUGACUAAAUCUGGCCCUUUGAGUUAUUUUUUUAAACAAAUUUUUAGGUGAAAUGUUUUAUUUUAUUAGGGGAAUGAUCAAUUUCAGAAAACGUUGAAUCUCAUAAAAUUUAAGUAUUGAAAUUACUGAAUUCUGAAAAAGAAAUGAAGAGAAUUGUGAAAAAAAUAUCUCUUUUGUUAAACAUUCUAACAAGAUUUUUUGAAUUCAAAAAUUUUAAAACAAAAAAGAAAGGAGAAUGGCUGAUUCUCUUGGCUCCUUUAUACUUCGUCAUUACUACAUUUCGGCUUAGAAUAAACCUUCAUCAAGGCAUCAGAACUUGUGGAGAAAUAACAUAAAAAUCUCAAAUCCACAAAAGACAAGAUAAUUAUUAGAAUAAAAAAAAUCAGAAAUGGGUCGAAUUCAGCGACCAAGAAAUCUUUGAAAUUUCAAAAAUUUCUUUUCAAAAAAGAAUUUCUUGGUUGUUGAAUACAGCCCAGUAUACUAGAAGGAAUAUUCUUUUCUGUCUUUUCUGUACUAACAUGCGUUGUAAAUUGUGAGACUAAUAAGAUUAUUUUUGGGCAGAUUUUUUUUAAAUUUUACAACAAGAAAUUAAAUACGAACGCAAACAGUUGCGUUUUAACCAUAUUUGCUUAACAUUUGGCCUAACGAAAAUCACCCUAAAAUUAAUUUUAUUCAUUCAUAAGCCGCAAAAUUAGGGCUUAAGGGGCUUAAGAAGUUUAAGGACAAGUCAAAUCCUCAAAAAGGCAUGUAGUCCUUAACUGUUCUAAUCAGAACAUUUAACAACAUAAAUUUCAGUUUAAGUAACCAAACUUUUGUACUGUAAAUUCAAUCAACUAAUUGGGAUAAUCUGUAAAUCUUCUUGGGCCUCACAUCAUCCCUCAGUCAGCAAAAUUUGUUAGAAUCGAAUUACAAAGAUUCCUUUUCAGAAUUUUGCAACGUGGAUGGCCUACGCGUGCAUAGCAUGCACCCUCCUCUAUAUUUUCUUCUUUCAAUUGGGCUUGGGACCCAUACCAUUCUUCAUUGGCUCCGAAUUGUGCAGUUUGCAGCAUCGGGCAGCCAUUAUGUCGCUCGGAUCUUUAAGUUCGUGGGCGGGAAAUUUCACCGUUGGCAUCUCCUUUCCGAUCCUUCUCUCCUUCUGGGGUGCCAUGGUGUUCCUUCCCUUUGUCGUAAUAUGCUUAGCACUCAUUGUUCUUAUUUUCUACUAUUUACCUGAAACGCGCGGGAAAGAAGUGUCAGAUGUGGCACAACUUAUCUCAAAAGGAUUUAAAUCUAAACCACGUCCAUCUUUGUAAGGGGAACGAAUAUGAUAUUAUUAUCUACAUAAAAUCGCUUGAAUCUCAUUUAGUUAGGAAAUGAGAAAAUAAAGAUAAAUAGAUAAAAUAGAUAAAAAUGGGAAAAUUACUAUAAUCUCAUAAAAAAUAAUCUCUCAGUUGUUUUAAGACUUAUUUGUAUUAUGAUUAUGUUUCAAUGAUUCAAGAAAAUUAAAUCACAAAUGGUUCAGUUUGGGCCAUUCUCCCCUAAUUGAUAAAUUACUAAAUAGACUGAAUACGAUAAAUAUUCAAUUAAAUAUCAGCCGUCAAAAAUAUCUUAAUAAAUUUUCAUUAAGUAAUUGUUUAAAAAUAAUAAUUAAAAAAGAAAAAGGACAUAAUUCUGGGAAAAUCUUAGAGAUUAAUAAAACUUAAGUUCUUUUUUGAUUUAAUAAUAAAAUCUAAAAUUUUUUUGAAUCUUUUUAAUAUUUUUUUACGUUUAUAGGGGUAGCGUAAACAAUAUACUUUCUAAAUAAAGUUUAGACAGUCUACAACAGGCUUAGAAAGGAGUAAAUUCAAAGUAAAUAAAACUAUUUAGCGCUUUU